AUGUCGCUUCUUGAAGACUUCUUUGACUCUGCAUUGGUGAUUUGCCGGUGCAGCAGUGAAGGGAAGAAAGAGCUGGUGAAUUUAUUUUUACCUGAACUAGGGCAUCUAGUGACAGAAGCAAACAUUUGCUACUCUCUGCGGCAUGAGACUCUGAGGACCCUCAACUCUAUACUCAACAGUGUCUCACGGGAACAGAGAAAGAAAUUCCCUCUGUCCGAGGAGAUGUGCUCGCUCACGAAAGACCUUGCAAAAACUAUACUGGAGGUUGGUGAUUAUGACCUUCAGGUUGCCCUUUCAGAAGCACUUUGUAGGUUAAUGACAAAAAAAUGGAGGGAUGACCUUGUUCACCAUUGGUUUGAAGAUAACUAUCUUGCUGAAGCUUUCAAAGAGAUCCAGGAUAGAGAAUUUGAGACGGACUGCAGAAAGUUUCUUAACAAGCUAAAUGAAAGGCUUGGGGAUGAAAGCAGAGUCUAUUCAUUUCCUUGUAUGUCUGCUUUUGCUGACGUGAACGAGGUGAAGAAGCCACCAGAUGAGAAGCUGGAGGAGUUCUGGAUUGACUUCAACGCUGGCAGCCAGAGCGUGACUUUCUAUGUGGACAGUAACGGGGGUGCUCUUUGGGACACGGUGAGGCUGUCGAAAGAAGCCGUCAGCGGUUACAGCCUGAAGGAGGAUGGUGGACAAAAGAUUGUUACAAUUUAUAUGAAGGUUCCUGCUACUUUUAACAAAACCGAAGCAAGAAAAAUCAAAAUAACUUUCAGUGCUGACUUCGACAUUUCAAGUAUACUUGGAAAAGUUCUGGGUGAUGAAAAAAUGAUGAUAGAUAUGGCUGAAGAGGAGUCUGUCCAUCCUGGGGAGUCUGUCCAUGCUGGGGAGCAAGCCAUGCAGAAUGAAACAGCAAUACCAGAGUCCAGCAAACCACAGAUGACGGAAGAUCCUUCAAACUUUGGGAACGUGGAGACUCUAUCAGACAACUUAACCUCUCAGCACAGCCAGCAGUUAACAGGCACCGUAGCAAAAGUGGUUAACUCUGGUGUCACCGUGAAUACAGUGAACCAGCAGCCUUACGUGGAAGAUGCUAACCAAGGCUCAGCAAAAAAGUCCAAAACUUCAUCUUCAAGGACGAAAGCUAAGCCUAGGCGAGGGUCUCGCAGACAAAAAGUUACAAGGAAGGAAAUCUAUGACUUUGAAAUCUCAGAUGCUGCAAGUCAUGAAAAGGUUGCUGAAGCCCAAGCAAAGAUUCUUAGCCAGAAGGUUGCUUCGCAAAAUCAGCGGAGUUUGAAAACAGGAGACAAGAGCAAGGAACCGGACAAGCUCAAGAGAAGGCUGUCCAGUUACAGGAAACAUCUUUUCUCUGAAAGCAGCGAUGAAAAUAGAAGCACUGGUGAGAGCGAAAAAAGCUGGAUCCUUGACUCUCAGAAAGAGCUGUUGCCAAAAUCUCUUGACUAUACGCGAAAAAGAUCCAGGGUGAGAAGUAAAUUAAAAGUGCUUCCAGUGUCUUCUGGAAGUAGCGGCGGUGACUACCCGACAAAGAAGCAGGGAGCAUCAAGGGAAGAUGCUCAAGAGGAGAUGCCAAGGAAAACAAGCACAUCCAGCUCCAAGGGAGGCGAUAUGCCUACAGUGGAUAAUGCUGAUGAAAUGCCCUCGGAGGGGCUCGAAAAGGGUCCACUACUACUUAAUACAUCCACCAGGAGCUAUCCCAGUGAUGUGGAGAAGGCUAUGCAGGAGUUUCACAACGCGUCUGGCAAAUUGUCAAGAGAAGAAGACAGUUUUAAGCGGAAGGACUCAGGUAUAUUAAGCAGCACUGUCAUAAAAAAACCUAAAUUUUCCAGGUGGGAAGCAAGUGAUCUGUCCCCUGAUGCUUCCUAUAAAGCAAGGGAUGCCUUUGAUUCAGUAGAGAACAAAGCUGAGAUCCAAACAGGUCAGGAAAAGGAUGAUAAUGUGGAUGAUGUAUUUUUUGAAAUGCCUGAAGACAUCAGUGAUCCAGGGGUGAUUACUGCAUUUGAGAGCUUCAUCAGCCAACUAAAGAAAUUGCUCUGGUCACGGUACAAAAGGAUGGAGACCAGUGCACAGAAUGCCCUGAGGAUUUCGGAGAAGAACUUGUCCACCUUGCUGAACCAGAUCCAUGAGUGCAGGCUGAGUAAGCUGGAGACCUUCCAGAAGAUUGUUGUUUCAGAGCUUGCCAGUCUUGAGAAGGAAACUCAAAUCUUGGUAGACAUGGAGAAGGAUGCAGUGGACUUCUGGAACACGCAGCUGCUCAAACUGAAUUCUUUCUGCAACCAGCAAAAGCAAAGAAUUCAGUCCAUUGACUCGGCCCUGGGUGAAACAGCAAACAGUUUUGCUGAUGCUAUCCAGAAUACAACGGUACGUGUGGUGCACAAGCAGUGCCGUGGGGGUGGUGGGCUCUGAGCUGUGGCCUGACUGAGAAGUGUUGGAAGUGAGAAAAUGAAAUUGAAGUCCUGGGAGGGGAAACCUUUGGUCAGCCUACCUGUGGGGCUGGUUCUUUGUGAGGCCUCCGGUCCUGAUGCAUGGAAAGCAUAGAGAAAGCCAUAUUUGCCCUGCUAGCAUCUAGGGAAAGUGGUCCAAAAGCACUUGCCUAAGGAAGAAGGUGAGGGAAAGGACUAUCAGGUAGUGAUGCUUUUCCUGAAUUCGUAUCUCGGGGAUUCCUUUGUCCUGAGGCUGUUUUCUGUGUAGUUAGUGACCCCCAAUGCAGUUAUCUUCUGUCCCUUUGUCCCGCUUGCCCUUGGAGUUGUGCCGUUGUGACACCUGUGUGGCUAGGAGCUCUGC